CGUCAAGCGAGAUCGGACCCGACCUGCUUUAUUCUUGUAGUAGAUCUUUCGAUAUCCAGCUUCGAGGAGCGACGGCCUCGUUGCCCGCUGAAGUUAACGCCUCUCCUCAUUUGAGCAUUUUGACGAACACCUCACCGGCGUCCAAAUGCCGACGGCAAUGGCCUCUGCUGCGAGAGUUUUCGGAGCAAUCCGCCACAAAGUUCCGAUCCCAAAUGCUCUUAUUUCUUCCUUCGUCUCCCUCCACGAUUCUUCUGCUCUUCAGAGGAUUGGAUUUUUGGGUAGGAUUUCGUCUUCUUUAAUUGCGAUGGAGUUCGGCCGUCGUCAGAGAGUUAGGAGGAUAUCCACGACGUUUCCUGUUUGUAUGGGGCGGCGUUCUUGCAAGAUUGCUGGUAGAAAGGAUGCACAGAACUUGAAGAAGAUGAAACGUAACAGUAAAAUUGGGAAGGAAAUUGUCUCUGCCAUUAAGAAAGGUGGCACAAACCCAACAUCAAACACAAUUUUAGCUGCUGUGCUAGAGAAAGCUAGAGAACUUGAUGUGCCUAAGGAAAUUGUGGAUAGAAACAUCAAAAAAGCUUCAGAGAAGGGACAAGAGGAUUUUAUUGACAAGUUCUAUGAGGUAUAUGGUUUUGGUGGGGUUGGCAUGGUAGUUGCGGCCUCAACAGAUAAAGUAACUAGAACCAUUGCUGAUGUUAGGGGUGUGGUAAAGGAUUGUGGAGCAAAGCUGGCUGAUCCAGGAUCCAUCUUAUUCAAGUUUAGGCGAGCACGAGUUGUGAAUGUAAAGGCUAUUGAUGCUGAUAAAGAUCAGAUUCUUGGUAUUGCUUUAGACGCUGGUGCUGAAGAUGUGAUUGAGCCUACGGUUUAUGAUGAUGAUUCAGUAGAAGAUCGUUCAGAAAGCUACUAUAAAAUUGUAAGUCCUGCAGAAAACUACUCGGAUAUACUAACUAAAUUGCGAGAGCAAGGAGUUGCUUUUGAGCCGGAUAAUGGUUUUGAGCUAUUGCCACUGAAUGCCAUUGAGGUAGAUGACGAGGCCGUGGAUCUGAAUAAGGACCUUAUGUCCAAAUUACUGGAGCUUGAUGAUGUUGAUGCUGUUUAUUCAGAUCAAAAGUGAGAAAUGAGUAGGUUUCACAAUCAGGUAACAUGAGGUGAUGGUGAGAAAACUAUAUGCGCAAAAUUACUGGAUAGAAUAAGUGGUUUGGUCCCCAUUUUGACAUUGAAAGCGAUAGUAAAGAGGAUGCCUCUUAUUUACAAAAUUUGUAUUUCUUUUUGACAUUAUGAGCGAUUAAUAGUUCAGCACUCAUACAUCAAUGGGAACUUUGUAUUCUCGUGAAUAUUUGGUCCAUAUUGUUUCAGUGUUUUGCUACAACCACCAAUUUAUUGUUGGCAAGAGUUCAAAUUUUGUCU